CCAAGACAAAUGCGGUCGCAUUCAUCACAUACUGCUACGCAAUCAGACAAGACUAUAAUUGCCACCAUAUUCUAAUUCCAACACAAAAAGGCCAUCUUAGAGUGGGUAUUAUUAGUUGGAUGCAUUGUUUGAAUGAUUGGAUCUCUCAUAUUUGCUUCUCCGAAUCACAAAUGAAAAACAAGCGCAGCAGCACACCCAACUCCCUGUAGAUCCAAAUUUCAUUCAUUGGGGGGUGGGGUUUAGAUCUUUGGCGUGCAACAAUGGUGCUGCUUCUCAUCCUCUAGGGUUCUUAAAAGGGCCCUUUGAUUUUUGGUGGGGAAGGGCCCUGCGGCUUUGGGGAAAGGGACUCACUUUACUGUUUUCUUGGAAGAAAGGGAUGAAGGUGUUUGUAGGAAGUCCUGGAAGUGUGAGUGGGCUGCUAUUGAGGAUUGGGCAAUGCUUGUUCGCAGCUGGCUCUAUUGGGGUUAUGGCUUCUGCUUAUGGGUUUUCCAACUUCACUGCUUUCUGCUAUUUGAUUGCAUCGAUGGGACUUCAAGUACUGUGGAGCUUUGGGCUUGCAUGCCUUGAUGCCUAUGCUUUGAAGAUAAAACGGGACAUCUGUAGUCCAGUCUUGGUGAGCCUGUUUGUCGUCGGGGAUUGGGUGACAUCUACGUUAUCACUUGCUGCUGCGUGCGCCUCAGCAGGGAUAGCGGUUCUAUAUGCCAAAGAUUUAAAGUUCUGCAACGAUCCGGCCCACCUUCCAUGCGUGAAAUUUGAGCUCUCGGCUGUCUUGGCAUUCAUCACCUGGUUUCUAAUUGCCAUUUCUUCUCACGUUACGUUCUGGAUCUUAGCCUCAGUUUAAGUAAUCUCUUAGACCAUUUGUUUUCCUCACUUUACUGUUCUCAACACCUUCCUUUCCCGUGUAAAGUCUACUCCAAUCCUCCCAAUCUUCUAAGGUGUGACGUCUCUCCCUUUGAAUUUGUUGGGAUGAUUUCUUUUGUAUUAGUUGCUACUUGCACACCAAAGCGGUUGACUUAUGUAGUUAUGUGGUAAUGAGUUCAAUUUUGCUUUACCAUU